AGAGCCUGCCGUCAAGUGCCUCUUUAUAUGAUCCGACGUAGAAAGAAGUGAACAAAGGACGAUCAUCAUGGAAGAAAAUGACUCUGUAACAUAUGAUCUUACAAUUUUCAAUGGAAUCAUGAGAUCAGAAAGAAUUCACCCUCCUGCUCACUACCUGAUGAAAAUAAAGUCUUAUUCAUCACUUGCUUCUCGUUGGACAGAAAGAUAUGAAUCUGGUGUAUUCGAUGCUGGUGGCCACAAGUGGAGGAUUGUUUUCUACCCACGUGGGAAGAACAAAGACAACGACGGUGCUGAGCAUAUCUCACUUUACUUAGAAAUAGUAGAAACUAAGGAACUUCCUACUGGUUGGGAGGUCUUGUCUCAUUUCAAGUUCUUCGUUCAUGAUCAAAUAAAGGACAAGUACUUGGUGAUCCAAUAUGCAAAAGAUGAUUUGAAGCGUUUUUAUCCAGCUAAAACAGAGUGGGGAUUUGAUGAAUUUCUUCCUAUGAAUACGUUCAAAGAUAUGGAGAACGGAUAUCUCGUUGAUGAUUGUUGUUUGUUUGGUGCUGAGGUUUUUGUGGUUCAAAGAACGGGACAAUAUGAGUGCAUUACGUCAUUGCCGCCUUCUGUGGUGAACAGAAAAUACACAUGGAAGCUCAAUAACCUCUCGAAAUAUGGCCCUCAACGACGUCAGUCAGAAUUAUUCACUGUUGAAGGCACAGAAUGGAUGCUCGAAGCUUACCCGAGAGGAUUUACAGCUGACGUCUAUGAUGAAUAUUUUUCACUUUAUUUGAUUUUCAAAGAUAAAAGUCAGCUGCCAUCAAGUAUCAAAGUGUUUGCCGAAUACACUUUUCGCUUGAAGAGUCAAAUUAAUUCGGAGAAAAUCGUGAUCAGAGCAUCAAGUUGGUUUUAUCCCGACGACGCUUUUGGAUGGGAUAAUUUUGUUUCGCUGAAAGACUUGGAGAGUUAUAUUUUAAAUGAUUCGGUGAUUAUUGAAUGUCAAAUAAACUUUUUAUCAAAAAUCGAGUCGUUCAAGUGA